UGAAAUAAAAUAAAGUUGUUAAUAUCUAAUCUAUGCUUCUUAGUUCUUAUGAUUACAAUUUUUCCCGCAAAAAAUAAAAUAAUAUAACCUCACCAAUAAAAUUGUAAUCAAACAUUUUUAUCGUUUAUCGAUCUUGUUAUAUUACGUUGGGAUAUAAAAGUAUUGAGAAAUCAUAAUAAAAAAUGUCAACAACUGAAACGGAAGAAAUGGACAUUGUUUUAACCGACGAUCAACCAAGUACUAGUUCAAGUUCCUCUGCUGAUAUAAGAAAAAACAAAACCGUUCCAUGGAUAGAAAAAUAUAGACCGCAAACCUUUCAGGAAAUAGUGGGAAACGAAGAUACAGUCCAUAGACUUUCGAUUUUCGCUAAAAAAGGAAAUGUUCCGAAUAUUAUUGUUGCUGGUCCUCCAGGAGUUGGUAAAACAACAACCAUAUUAUGUCUUGCCAAAAUAUUAUUAGGAAAUUCAUUCAGAGAUGCAGUUUUGGAAUUGAAUGCAUCAAAUGAUAGAGGAAUCGAUAUUAUCAGAAAUAAAGUGAAAAUGUUUGCUCAACAAAAAGUAACUCUUCCCCCUGGACGACAUAAGAUUGUUAUUUUGGAUGAAGUAGACAGUAUGACAGAUGGGGCUCAGCAAGCAUUGAGGCGAACCAUGGAGAUUUACAGUAAUACAACAAGAUUUGCUCUAGCUUGCAAUUAUAGUGAGAAAGUUAUAGAACCCAUACAAUCAAGAUGUGCUGUUCUGAGGUAUUCCAAAUUAUCAGAUGCUCAAGUAUUAGCUAGAACGUUGCAGAUUUGUCAAAAGGAAAAUGUCAAUUAUACACAAGAUGGUCUGGAAGCUAUAGUGUUCACAGCUCAGGGUGAUAUGAGGCAGGCGUUAAAUAAUCUUCAGUCAACACAUAAUGGUUUUGAAAUUGUUAAUUCUCAAAAUGUUUUUAAAGUUUGUGAUGAGCCCCAUCCCAUGCUCAUCAAAGAUAUGUUGAUAAAUUGCAAAGAGGGUGAUAUAAGAAGAGCAUAUAAGGUGAUUGAACACUUAUGGGGUUUAGGUUAUGCAGCAGAAGAUAUAAUAAAAAAUAUUUUCAAAGUAACAAAAACAAUGGACUUGGAAGAAGCUCUCAAAUUAUCUUUCAUAAAAGAAAUUGGCACGACUCAUAUGAGAAUUGCAGAUGGAUUAUGUACUUUGAUCCAAAUGUCUGGAUUACUAGCCAGAUUAUGUUCUGCUGCUAAAAGUCAUUAAUUUUAAACAUGUUUCUUUUUCCCUAAAAAUUCAAAUAAUACUCUCUUAUCAAACUGGUAAUUCGUGGUCAUUGAAAUUUUUCAAGUUUCUUUGA